UCUUGCGCAGGCGCAAACCAUUCACGGCAAAGCGAACCAAGAUGGCGGCUGUUGUUGAAAAUGUUGUCAAGCUGCUGGGAGAGCAGUGCUACAGAGAUGCCAUGGAGCAAUGCCAUAACUACAACGCCCGGCUAUGUGCCGAGAGGAGUGUCCGAAUGCCCUUCCUGGACUCUCAGACUGGAGUGGCGCAGAGCAACUGUUACAUUUGGAUGGAGAAGAGACACAGGGGACCAGGCGUGGCCCCAGGACAGCUGUACACCUACCCAUCCCGCAGGUGGAGGAAGAAACGACGGGCCCACCCCCCAGAGGAUCCCCGGCUGGUCUUCCCCCCUCUAAAGUCAGAACUGGACCUGGGGUUGAAGAAGGAUGCCCUGUCAUCAUCUGAUGGCAGCAGUCUGGAAGCCCUGCUGAAGGGGGAACCCCUGGACAAACGGGGUCCUCCGGAGCUCCAAGGGCCGGAGGAGGAGUCCAGUCUGGCAGACUACACUUGUGGGGGAGUUACCCCUGCAGCACGUGUCAGAAAGAGAGUCCUGGAGCCAGAUGACUUCCUGGAUGACUUGGAGGAUGAGGACUAUGAGGAGGACACCCCCAAAAGAAGAGGCAAAGGAAAGGGAAAGGGUCGUGGAGUGAGCGGUGCCAAGAAGAAGCUGGAUGCUGCGGCGGCUGCACUGGAGGACAAGGACAAGCCUUACUCCUGUGACAACACUUUGAAACAAAAGCAUAUUUCAAAACCUUCUGGACGAGUCUGUGGGAAGCGUUACAAGAACCGUCCGGGCCUGAGCUACCACUACGCCCACUCCCACCUGGCUGAGGAGGAGGGAGAGGAUAAGGAGGAGCCUGAGGUCCACACCCCCACCCCGCCCCAGCCUGAGGAGCCCAAGACACCCAAGAAAGGUCCAGACGGUUUGGCGAUACCCAAUAAGUACUGUGACUUCUGCCUGGGAGACUCGGCCCUCAACCAGAAGACGGGCCAGUCAGAGGAGCUGCAGUCCUGCUCAGACUGUGGACGUUCAGGCCACCCGUCCUGCCUGCAGUUCACCCCUGUGAUGAUGGCUGCAGUGAAGACCUACCGUUGGCAGUGCAUCGAGUGCAAGUGCUGCAACGUCUGUGGCACCUCGGAGAACGACGACCAGCUUCUCUUCUGUGAUGACUGUGAUAGAGGCUAUCACAUGUACUGUCUCAGCCCCGCUAUGGCUGAACCUCCAGAAGGGAGCUGGAGCUGCCAUCUGUGUCUGGACCUGUUGAAAGACAAGGCGUCCAUAUACCAGACGCCUAAUGCCCCUCCGUCGUGAUGGACCCCCACUCUCUCACAGGUUCUCCAUCACUGGUCAGUAGAGCGGAGUGGGUGGGACAGAUGACUUGUGAAAAGGGAAGCAUACCUUACCCAGCCCCCUGCUGAAACAGGCAUCGGGAAGCAUACCUUACCCAGCCCCCUUCUGAAACAGGCCUCGGGGAAGCAUACCUUACCCAGCCCCCUUCUGAAACAGGCCUCGGGGAAGCAUACCUUACCCAGCCCCCUGCAGAAACAGGCCUCGGGGAAGCAUACCUUACCAACCCCUUGCUGAAACAACAGGCCUCGGUUUGGUUCGUAUAUGGCUGUUACACAGUUCCAAGCUCAAGUGACCUAUAGGCUUUUGUUUUCAACGAUUUGUCAAUAUAUCAAACUCAACGUGUCAAUAUCCUGAACAAUACAUUCAGUUUGUUUGAGUGGCUUAAACCACAAACAGUUUUUGCCAGCCAAAAUACCUAAACACACAGUACACACAAUCUCACAUACAGUUCAUGCACACGACUGCUCAGAUCCUACUUUUAUUCUGCAAAAUAUCAGUUUUGCAUGUAGAGGAGAGAAAUAGUUUAAACAUGUUCUUAUUAUGAACAUGCAUUGGCAUGCUAAUUGAUUCAAAGGUUUUGUAUAUUUAUAUAUUUGUAUAGAAUAUAAAGGUGGGAAUUAUUUAAAAGCUGCAAUGAUAGAGGUUGGUUCUGUAAUGAUCUUUGUGUAGUGCCCAUCGUCAAAAGGAAUGAAUAAUCCACAGCUCCUUAUGUGGAGCCUGGUUGUCAUCUCUGUUCAGCUAUUAGAUUCUACUCCUUGCCACUCAUGUCAUUUGCCAAAGACUGGAGUGGCAAGGAGUGGAAUGCUAGCUAAAAAGACUGGUACCCAGACUACCUGAUAUGGAGGCAACAUUGAGAGUUGGGAAGCAUUGGGCAUUAAGAGGGCCUUACCAUUACAUCAAUCUCUAUAUCUCGGAGAGAGAAAGAGGAUCUUGGCGUAACUCUUUUUUUUAAGGAAUUAAAGAUUGGGUGUUUGCUGCUGUGGAGGAAAGUGAGUCAGUGUGGUUGCUGGUUGGCGUGGUGGUUGAGUGAAUUUGAGUGUAUCCUAUGUCCACAGCCAGCCUUUUACCAAAAAUAGUUACCUAAUCUAUUGGUAGCCAACACUGGUCCUGGAGAGCAGUUUGACAUUUUACUGCUGGUAAUGUAAGCAUUUCGCUGCACCCGCUAUAUAACAUCUGCUAAUCCGUGUAUGCGAACAAUAAACGUUGAUUUGCAGUAGUCCUAAUCUGGACCCUUUUUGACCCCUUGUUGUUAUGUGUUGAGAGAGAAUUUAAAAACGGACAACUACCGAGCACAGGACUUUGUGUUUACCUGCCCAUAUCAGCUCAGGUGGUGUGUUACCACAAACUGCAGACUGGUGCACCUGCACUUACUAUACUGUAGUAUUUUCCUUGGAGGAAAUGUUUUGACUUUGUCAUAUAUAGGUCUAUACAGCGCAUUCGGAAAAUAUUCAGAUACAUUUGCAUUCAUUUCGCUUUGUCAUUAUGGGGUAUUGUGUGUAGA